ACGGGUUUUUCACACGCAACCACAUACGGCGUCGUGCGUUUCAUCCGCAGGUUCGAUCUUCUCAGUUGACACACUUCUUUGGGGUGGAUCAGUCGAAACGUGGUGCUGGUCCCGAUCGGUCUACAACACCGGGCCCCUGGCGCGAAUAAAGCACACAUUGCUUGCGUAUUAUAGUGUGAUUCCGCUGUGUUGGUUGACGUAGUGUACCGGUGGUGCAUAUAUCUCCCCUUACGCACAGUGUUUCCAAUCUCCAAAUCCGCUUCCUGGAGGCGUACGGUGGUGAAAAUAAAUCCCCGCACUUUCGCGCACUAACGUCAUCGCCCUGUUUCGGGACGGUUGGGUGCGGUGUGUUCAGGUUGUGGUGUCCCCACAAGAGCCAGUGCCCAGAUUCUCCAGAAAGUGGAUACAGCACGUAGCGCAAGGAUGGUGCUAUCGAUAAGCAGACACCACACCGUUGUUGCACGGCGCGCCGCAUGGUCGUUGAUGCCGCUGCAGCUGAUAGUAGGCGGCGCCUGUGUACUGCUGAUGCUUCAGGAUCAUCAUCAUCGCGCGGUGGAGGCUACGAUACCGACCAUCGAUAAUAUCGUAAAAAUUCUACAAUCACCCGUCGUACAGCAGUUGAUUCUUCCGCGACCUUUGGUAGCGGCCGAUCCGACCGUUGUUGCCGACGAACCGUCAUCGGGACCGUCUUCGAUGAGCAUGAGCAUGAUGAUGAAAGAUCCCGCCAAACCAUCGCAGGCAAACGACGAUGCCGCCGCCGCCGCUAAAAUGGGCACGAAAGACAGCAAGCAGGCGCAAAACAGUGCCCGGGAUGAAGCAGUCCGGACGACGUUCCUGAUACCACGCACCCGAUCCUUGCCGGGCUGUCCACUGUGCGAUGCGUCGGUGUAUAGCUACUGCGACGAGAAGGUGUACCACGAUGCGUGCUGCUGCGGUUCCAUCAACGGAGCGGCUCCGUUCGGUGGAGCCGGAGGCGGAGGUUUCGGAGGGUUCGGUGGCUUCGGUCGACAGGGGUUCGGUGGACCGGGUGGCUUUGGUGGUCCUGGCGGCGGUGGUGGCUGCGGCUACCAAGGCUGUGGAUUCCUUUACGCCAACUCCUGCUAUGAACAUCAGCUGAUAGUGAACUGUUGCUGUAAUUCGCCAUACUAGAUAGAGCUUAGGCAGGUGGCUCGAACUGUGGGUUGUACUUUUCGGAUAGUCUUCGGUUUAGAGCAGUUUAUCGAUAAGACAUGCCUCUGUUUACAUCUUAAACUUUAUGGAUCUUCUUGUUUCCACUUUAAUGGUUGUUUUUUUACUUUGCCGACUUUCUUAUCCUCGUUUUAGCAUCACUUAGUUCUUAUGGGGUUAGUUUAAGUUUCGUUUCGUCGAGUGCACGAAAAAGUGACAAAAAUAUUGUGAAUCCUGGAAGAUUCUUAUUUAUACAGCUGCCUUAGCUUAGAGUUUAGGGCUCUUGCCACCCUAUUUAUCAGAGACAGAGAGAGAGAGAGAGAGAAUGUUGACAUGUUGAACAAGACACACAUGCUAAGAGCUAAAGGACCGAAAUAAAAAUAUAGACGAUCGUCGGAUCGCGCUCACUCUCUAUGGAACACAUUCUGCUUUGUUUAGACUAUAUAAAAAAACACACGCACAUACACAUACAAAAAAAAAAUAGAUUCGCUUCGAUAGCGAACUUCGGUCACUCUGCCAGCAUUCCAGUUUAAACCACACGCACACA